CAAGGAGGACGUCUUUCGCCAGUCUUUUUGACGUUGUGAGUUUAGGACUGAAACUUUAACUUGCUCUGUUUCUUGCCAAAGCAAAACAAAAUUUCACAAUGAUUCACAGAAUAAUUUUCACUCUGACAGCCCUGGUUAUGGUUAGCAUGGCUGCAGAUCUUCCUGAAUCUGGUAGCAGCUGUGAUCCCAGUAGUGACAGUCAAACAAUAGUUGACUCUGAUGACUGCACCGUAUUUGUUAAAUGUGUCACAAAUCAAGAUACUGGUGAAGCCAAAUGGAUCUCGUCCAAGUGUAUAGAUGGAACAAUUUACAGUGCAGAGAAAGGAAGAUGUGAUGCUUAUAUUGGUGAUAAUGCAUGUCAAGGUUACACAAAACCAGCACCAUCAGGAAGAGAUAUCCCAGCAGGAUGCGAAGACAAUUUCCUGUGUCCAAAUACUUUAGCAUUUUACGUCUACCCAGAUUGGCAAGAUUGUACAAAAUAUUAUGUUUGCCAGAGUGGGGCGGUUUCCAAUAGAAACUGUAAUGCUUUUGAUGGAUUAACAUACUAUUCUGCAAAUGAUUAUGCAUGUGUAUCAUCGUCUGCUGGAACUGGUGUUUGUCUUAAUGGUAUUCCUGCAAGGCCUUAAGUUACAAAUAUAACAGAUUUUGAUGCCAUUAUCUUUCUUUUCCACUUUUAAAUUUUAUUUGAAUCAGCACAGCAUUAGAAUAUUCAAUACACUAAAUAAAUUCAAUAAUUUACCAUUCUGAAAAUGAAUAUACAAUUGCAUAAUAUUUUACUAUUGCUCACAUUAAGUUCUCUAUAUUCAUGUUUUAUAAAAUCCAUUGUAUUUAUUUGUCCAGUAUGAUAUACGACUAAACAGUAAAUAAAUCUUUCUUCUG